AUGAUUGCCGCUGCUUCAUAUUGGAAUGGGAUUGAUGUUUUCUUCAAGAAAUUCAAAAGUGAUGGUUAUUGUGCGUGGAUUGAAUUGGAGAAAAAAGAUGAGGUUACUGGAAAUGGUAGAACAAAAUUUCUUGUAACCAAAGGGAGGUUGAAGAUGAUAGAGAAGGGUUGGGUGGUUUACGUGGCAACUGGAGAAGGAGGAGGGAUGAAAGCUUUGGCGCAACAAGGGAUGAAUUCAUAUAGGAGUGAUGACACUGAUAACAGCUACAAGGCGCUGUUGAAUCGAUGCGAUAUUGGUCAUGAGAGGGUACAUAUCGAGAAAAUAUAUGACGACAUGGCAAGGCUCUUCGUCGUAGAAAAAACUAACGAAGUUCAAGGUAACAAAUUACCCCAAAAAUCUUCAUUGAUGUUUUCUUCCUCUAGUUUAUUGCCUUCUUGGGGAGUUAGUGUAUCUGUCCCAUUUUUUUCUAAACUCGGUAUUGAUGUCAAGGGGAUAACGGUGAGGAAGUUGGAGUUAUUGGGGAAGGGGUCGAUUUUUGAAGGACAGGAACGGGGGAGAAGAUGGUUUCCAGUAAUUGUAAUUAAGCGCCAUGCCACCGUUAAUCUUGACUCAGAGAAUCUAGAUGGUAUGACAACCAAGGCCAUUAUAAGUGUUGAAGAAGAGUUUAGGGAGAGAAGAUAG